AAACAUGCCGCCAAAAUCCAGCAUCACUUCGCAUGCGUUCAAGUGGUGACAGGUCAGUACAACGUGCAAUUCGUCAUAUAGAUGGCGCACCUUGUGCAAAUUCUGGCUAAACAAAAAAGAAUGGAACACAAUCCUAGGCGACGUCGUGGAAGAACAAGGGCAACAUUAAUUCAGACACGAUCUUUUGCGCCUAAAUCAAAAAUUUCUUCAUUUUUUGAUAGUCUUUGUAACCUGCUUAUCAUGUCGAGUUUGAUGGGAGUUAUUUUUUUGUCAUUGGAACACCAUUGUAAUGUAUGCAGAAGCAAGUGUGAUGUGUUCAAUAUUGCAAAAGAACUCAAUGAUAUAAGUAAUAAUUUGACGGACAUGAAAAACUCCUACACUUAUUUGGAAUCUCGUAUCCUCAAAUUUUCUGAAGAGCUACCAAAAAUAGAAGGUCAAGUGGACAUUUUAGAAGCAUUAGCAAAUACAAUAGAACGGGGUCACUUUGGAUGGAACCCGAAAACGCAUCUGGCUCUUCCAAACGUCGACGUCUUUCUGAAUGGAGAUUUCAAUGUCAAAAGAGCAAAUAAAACAAAAAUAUCAUCGCAAUAAUAUUAAAUUAUAACAGGGUUUCAGGUUUUAGUUUUUAGUGCUUAGCUUUAGACAACAAAUCGACUACUGUUCGAUCCAGACAUUGCUUAUUUAGAUAAUAAUAAAAAAAUUCAACAGAAUAUAUUAUAGUGAA